AUGGUAGCAACCAAGAGCGACCCAAACUGUGUGGAGCCGGCAUGCGCCGACAAGAUGGAGUUUUUCAAGACAGCCGUAAGCAAAAAGAUCAGCAAGGCAGCUGCGCAUCCUACACCAGCCAACGAUUGCCCUUUGGAUCGACAAGAACUGGGCAAUGCCACUUGGGGACUGCUGCAUUCGAUGGGAAUUUAUUAUCCGGAUAAACCAUCACCAGAAUAUCAAGCUAAGGCAAAGACAUUUAUUGAGGCGUUGGCACUGAUGUAUCCAUGCGUGGAUUGCGCCAACGAUUUUCAAAAAGAGAUUGUUAAAUCGCCACCACGCGUGGAGUCGCGCACAUCAUUCUCAAUGUGGCUGUGCGAGCAGCACAACAUUGUAAACCGCAAGAUCCACAAGCCAGUGUUUAAAUGCACGAUGGAGAACCUGGAGGAGCGAUGGCGAAAGGGUAAACCGUCGUGCUGGGGCGAAGAUGGUGACGAAGAUUCUACUCAGGACACUCUGAUGUAA